CUAGGUUUGUAGACAUAUUUAUAAAAAAAUUAAUAAUAACUAACAAGUCGCACUUUGGCUAGGUGGCCCUGAAUCUUGCAAUGUAGAAGAAAACAAUUCUCUUGUAAGAAAAAUAAAAAAAAAAGGAACGAUAUGUAUAUAUGUGGUUGUGUAUAUAUUACACACAUCUAUACACAUAAACACAGAGGAGAGCAAGCAAAUGGAAAUGGAAGAAAAUGGAACCAAUCAAGAAAAACAAGCUUCAAGAAAAUCAAAGGGUGGCCUCAUAACUAUGCCUUUUAUCAUUGCAAAUGAGGCAUUUGAGAAGGCGGCCAGCUAUGGUUUGCAGCCAAACAUGAUGUUUUAUCUUAUGAACGAGUACAAAAUAGGAUUUACAAAAGCCACAAAUUUGAUGUUUUACUGGUCAGCAGCUACAAAUUUCAUGCCACUCGUUGGUGCCUUUGUAGCUGACUCGUUUCUCGGCCGUUUUCUUACCAUCGGCUUUGGUUCAAUCGUCUGUCUUCUUGGGACAAUCAACCUAUGGCUAACCGCCAUGUUCCCAGCCACAAGGCCACCAAAAUGCGGGCCGGCCCAAAUCUGCAAACGGGCCCUAAACCCCAAAAAAAAAAAUCCCGAAAAAGAACGAGUCUUGGAGAGCUUCUUCGGGUGGUACUAUGCCUUGGCAGCUGUUUCGGUCUUCAUAGCUCUAAAGGGUAUCGUGUAUGUGCAAGACCACAUGGGGUGGCGAGUCGGGUUCGGAUUACCCGUGGCCUUAAUGUUCUUCUCGGCCCUCCUCUUUUUUCUUGCUUCGAGAUUGUACGUCAAGGUGGGCCCGAAUAAGAGCCUAUUUACGGGCUUCGUGUUUCUAAACAAGGCAUGCAUCAUCAAGGACCCACAAGACCUAAUAAGUAUCUCAAAUUCGUGGAGCCUUUGCACGGUCGACCAAGUCGAGGAACUAAAAGCACUGAUCAAAGUCAUCCCGAUUUGGUCGACCGGAAUAAUUCCCGCCAUAAACCUUAGCCAGACGUCAUUCCCGUUGAUCCAAGCCAGCUCGAUGGACCGCCACAUCACUCGAGGCUUCGAAAUCCCGGCUGGCUCGUUCGGCAUGUUCAACAUCGUAACCCUAACCCUAUGGAUCAUUUUGUACGACCGCGCGAUCCUACCUCUUGCCUCGAAGCUAGCCGGCAAGAAAGUCAAACUCGGAGUCAAACUAAGGAUGGGGAUAGGGACUUUUCUAUCCUACGUGGCGAUGGUGGUCUCGGGUGUAGUCGAGCACGUGCGAAGAAAACGAGCGGUCAGGCAAGGGUUGGGUCCCGACCCGCAUGGCGUCGUGAAAAUGUCGGCUAUGUGGCUUGUUCCGCAGAACUGCCUUUUAGGGUUAUCCGAGGCGUUCAACGCGAUCGAACAGACUGAGUUUUACUAUUCGGAGUUCCCGAGAAGCAUGCCAAGCGUGGCCUCGUCGAUGUUCGGGCUCAGGAUGGCGGUGGCGGGAAUGCUGGCGACCGUGGUGGUGAGCGCGGUGGAUGAGGCGACAAGAGGCGAAACGGGAAAAACGAGUUGGGUAUCGGUUGGGCUUAUGGUCCUUGUGAUGGGGAAGAGGAGAAAUUGGGUGUGGUGGGAACACCAUGUUGAGAAGUUGCAAAGAUCAUGGGUUAAUAAAGAUUCUUGA